UAUGACACAUUGUGACCAAAUCUUACCAUGCAAAUAUUCAUUUUUCCAAUUAAUUUUAGUAUUUUAUAACCAUAAUAAUAAAGACAAAUUAACUUAUUAGUGUUUUUUAAUAUAUGUGAUAAAAUAUUAUUACGUUUUACACAUUUUACAUUACAACCAAAUAUGAGCGAAUUAAUAGUUUUAUUCAAUGGUUUUUCUACUAUGAAUGGAGAAAACCAGAUGGAUGCCAACUGCAGCUGCACUUUAAUAAAAGGAACACAUAAUAUCAUUAUAGAUACUAUGACAGCCUGGGACGGCGAAAAAAUCAUAGCCGCUUUACAGAAGCAUAAAAUAACACCUGACAUGAUACAUUAUGUUAUAUCAACCCAUGGUCAUUCAGACCACAUAGGCAACAACAACUUGUUUCUGAAAGCUAAACACAUAGUAGGUUUUAGUAUUUCCUACAAAGAACAAUAUUUUAUACACCCAUUUGAUAAAGGUGAUGAAUACAUAAUAAAUAAUAGUGUAAAAGUAAUACCCACACCUGGCCAUACACUGUCUGAUGUUACAGUUCUUGUUGAUACAAUAGAUGGAGAUACUGUGGCAGUUGUUGGGGAUCUAUUUGAAAAAAUUGAAGAUAUUGCAAAUCCAAACGAAUGGUUAGAAGCAGGUAGUGAAGAUCCUGAACAGCAAAGAAAAAAUAGAUUUAAAGUUGCAGCAUUAGUAAACUGGAUUGUACCGGGACAUGGACCAAUAUUCCAAGUCACUGAUAAAAUAAGGGAGUCAUUAAAAAAUCAAAUGCUUAAUUUAAAUCAAUAAAAUUCUGUGAUUAAAACUUU